AUACAGCGGCUCACGAUCAAGUCUUCGCCCUGUACACCUCUUCUUACAUCUUCUGUCACACACGUCAGCCAUUCAAGUCUCUGGUCCUAGCUAAACCCACCUUAAGAUGACGGAAUUACCAGCGAUUCGCUGGGGCAUCAUUGCCACCGGGAUGAUCUCUUCCUGGUUCGUCGAAGACCUCUUGAUCUCACGAUCAGACGCAAAAGUGAAGCACAUUGUGCAAGCCAUUGGAAGUUCGUCCGUCCAGAAAGGGCAAGACUUCUCCAGGCAAUAUUGCCCAAAUAGCAAGCCGGCUAUUUAUGGAUCAUACGCGGAAGUUUAUGCCGACCCCAAUGUGGAUAUCGUCUACAUCGGCACCCCGCACGCGUUCCACAAGCAGAAUUGCCUGGAUGCUAUCGAAGCAGGCAAACCCAUCCUUUGCGAAAAGGCCUUCACGAUAAACACUCGUGAGACGAAGGAGGUCUUUGCACUUGCAAAGGCAAAGGGAGUCUACGUUGCUGAGGCCAUGUGGCUCCGCCACCGACCGUUGGUUCAAGACUUGCAGCGCAUGCUUCACAAAGAGAAGGUCAUUGGCGACGUCUUCAGGGUCUACUCGGAGUUUGGUCUCGGGCUGGACAUCCCCAAUCUCCCAGACAGCUCACGCUAUAAGCAGCCUCAUCUUGGUGCAGGCUCGCUGUUGGACCUGGGCAUCUACACUCUGACGUGGGCCAUCCUGGGCUUAGACGCAGGAACUCCUAGUUCUUCUGAGAAGCCCAAUAUCCUAGCUGCACAGUCGCAUGAUGGUGCGGUCGAGGUCACCACCAGUGUUAUACUACACUAUCCCUCUACGGGUAGACAGGGAGUCGUUACAUCAACGACAAUGGCAACUGGAAACCCAGAUGUUUUGGCGCGCAUUCAAGGGACCAAAGGCACGAUUGAGGUGCACGGCACCGUCCCAUCUGAUCCAGAUUCUUUCACUGUGUACUCCACAUUUGAGAGGGACCAGAUCAAGGGCAUCAUCGGAAGGGACGCAGUCAAGACAUUUGACUACAAGCCAGUUGGACGAGGUUAUUACUGGGAAGCUGACAAUGCUGCGCUGGACGUGCUGGCCGGGAAACUGGAAAGUGACGUGAUGCCUUGGGCAGAGACCAUCCGCGUGAUAGAGAUGAUGGACGAGAUCCGGCGACAAGGUGGGACUGUGUAUCCUCAAGACAAGGAGUGAGGAGUAGCAUUCUGGGUUCAGGCCGUACAUUACACAGCGAGAAAGAAAGACCUGCCUUUCAACCUGAAAAGCCUCGAGCACUGUACAGCAAUCAACAUUGAAUACCUCGCGCCGACGCAUUCUGAUUCAGCGUGGAACAAGGUGUGGCUGAAGCUACACGUUGGAACGUACAAAAUCAAGAGAUAAGAGACACUACCAGCACUCACAGAAUGUCAUGGCUGCAGCUCUCCUGGCUUCGUAAUUUUGUUUGUUUUAUUGUCGUUCCGAUCUUCGUUUUGAUUGUCUUCAAGUCCUCGCUCAAGGUAGAGCGUUUGAACAAGCAGUUGCAACUACAGCAAUACUAUACGUUUCCUC